AUGUGCAAGCACAUCCUCAACGCCCAAGUCUCCAUCCGCGCUCCGUGCUGUCGGAAAUUCUUCGAUUGCCCACAAUGCCACGCUGAGAGUUCGGCGAAGGAAGACGGGCACCAGCUGCGCCCGACGACGGAGCUGGCCAUGCUCUGCAAGAAGUGCAGACGCGCAUUCCGCGUGGAUCUGGAGCGCGCCGAGGAGGCGGACAACUACUGUCCGCAUUGCGAUAACUGCUAUGUGAUCGAAGCAAAGACUCCGGCGCCAAUGCUGGGUAUUGAAGGAGAAGACGCAAGGAUGGACAAUCGCAUGCUGAAAGACGACCGCCUCUACGACCCGCGCCGCGACUUCCACGCGCGCGAAAAGGCCGCGCAGGAGUCGGAGCGGCUGGACGCGGGCGGCGUGGCUGCGGCGCUGCAGCAGCGCGCGCGGGAAGUGGGGAGGCCGAACAUUGAGGGACUGGAUGGUGCGGGAGGCGGAGUGGAGGGAGGCGUGGUGAAUGACGAGGAGCUCGAUUGGAGCAUGUAG